AUGGGGUUUAGCGGCGACAGGGACAACAAACACCACCACCUCAAUUUUCACCUUCACUUUCCCCACCUUCUUCAUCACCAUGUCAAGAACAACAAGGAGCCCAAAGACAUUCCAAAGGGCUGUUUGGCGGUCAUGGUGGGCCAGGGCGAGGAGCCACAGAGGUUUGUGAUCCCUGUGAUCUACAUCAACCACCCACUCUUCAUGCAGCUGUUGAAGGAAGCCGAGGAAGAGUAUGGCUUUGAUCAGAAAGGCCCAAUCACCAUUCCUUGUCACGUGGAGGAGUUCCGCACCGUUCAAGGUCAAAUGCGUAAAACUAAGAAGCUGGUUGUUGGAGAUAAGAAAGAGGGCUAA